AUUAUAAAACAUGUUGGUUCAAACGCUGUAAUGUCGAGCUAUAACAUAAAACGAACUCAUUUGUUUACCAAUGCAAACAAAUGAUAGCAUAGCUCAAUAUGAUGGAGUAGACAUCAAAGAUGAUAGCGAACUGGAAUCUUUGCAUUCUUUUAUAAAUUUAUACAAAUGUUGUAUAAACGACUAUAAUGAAUUGCAUACUAUUGUGAAGCAAAAUGAGGUCUUAAGACAAAAUAUAUUGGUUUUAAAUUCCCAAAAAACAUUAAGGGGUAACAGUCACGCUACUCAAAAGAAAACAUUGGAUGGUAUCGGUUGUACGAAACGGAGCAAAGAUAGGAAAAACUGUAUACACGGUAUAUUUCUUCACUUGAAACAUAUACCUGCGCAGUUUGUAAAUAAAGCGCCUAAAUUAAAACAAAAAAGACACGGCUAUAACGAAGGUGGUCGUACUGCUCUCGUACUGUCAAAGUCGCAUCCCGAUCAAACUUCUGUUUGUUUCCAGUAUGAAUUAACGAUAUCCCGACUGUUAGGUAAUUUAAACGUGAAAAACGUUUAUGUGUCGUCUCUAAUUUGUCUGCAGAAGCAUCGACUAUUAAAAGAAUUACUUGAAUUGUUUCAUGUUAAAUUGGACGACGCCUUUCCUACUUUAAAAGGAUUCUCAAUCUUUUCCUUAAAUGAGUAUUUCUCUCGUGUUAAUACAAUUAAGCCAGCAGAUUUCUGGAUAAUAGGAACUUCUUUGGGCUUUUUAGCACACUUUACCCAUCUGUUCGCUAAAUAUUUAGAUCUACCUUUAUCUGGAAAGUUUAUUCUACACUCUUCUAUGAGCUACAUUGUGAAAAAUGACUCUACAGCUCAUCUUCAUUGUUCUGACUUGAAAAACCCAUUUUCCUCCCAAAACUACAAUGAGGUGGCUAUGGGUGGACAGACUAAAGACACUGCGCACAACGAUAACCUUACAAAGGAUGUUUUAAACCAAUCCAAUUUCUGUAUGCCUUAUGGUACUUUGUGUGAAGGACAAAAUUUGCACAAUGCCUUUAAAAGCAUUUUCCAUGAAAAUUCGCCUACCAACACGACUUUUUAUUUGCGUUCUUCUUCUCUCCUACCAGUGUACUUUGUAGCUUCGAAAACAUACUUUACAACAUUGUUUUUUAGUGAUGAGAAAAAAACAUCUUUAGAAGUUUUAUCAAACGUAGUUCCCAACAGUAGCGUGUACAAUUCACUCGAGACUAUUGGACUAGUUCAAUGGCCAACAACAGAUUCAAUUUUGGCCUCUUUACCUGACUCCACUACAACAAGAUUGCAAUCAACCUUAUCAUUUUUUUCUACCAAAAAAAAAAACACAAAUUUGUCAUAUUCCUUACCUUUUUCCUUAUUGAACUGGACAUGUCUCCCUCUUUUUCUCAGAACCACUCAGGAAGCUGAUAAACUACUUCUUUCGCAAGGAUUAUUGACAUUACAAUCGACAAUUCGGCAGCUUUGUAGUGUAUAUGAAUCUGAAAAUGGUUGCAAUCUUUUAAAUCCGUUACAAAAAAAUUUUAUCAAAAGUUAUCCAAUAAAAAAUUCCACCAACUUUUUAAAAAUGAUUAGUACUGAAUACACUAAAGAAACCCCAAGUUUAUUUGAUCCUUUUCGUCGAAUGAUUGCCUAUGAGCUAUUGUACAAGAGUGUAAAACAUUAAAAAAUAAUG